AUCAACUUGCAGUAAAAAAAGCUAACUGGCAGAGCCAAACACUGAUGCCUGCAUGACCAAAGCUACAGGUCCAAAUACCCUUGCAGCUGCCAUCCAAAAUCAAACAGGAUAAAGGAGGAGGGUUCUUUUUCAAGAGGAGGCUUCAUUGUCUCUUUCCAGUGAAGAAAAGAUGUUUGAUACUCUUGGACUCAUUUGCAUGGUUUGGUGGUGUAUGAUGCUAUUUCAUCCCUCAGAUGCUGACAUCUGCUGUACGGGGUCACAAGAAUCACCUAUUACAAAUGUGAACAUGAACUGGAGAAAAAUGGAAUUGUCCUGGGAGAGCAGCAAUAAUUUCUCUAACUAUAAAUGUACCAUCACGAACGGGGACGUAGAAUAUCUACUGGAUAAGGUGAAUAGUCCACUAUGCAGGUUUUCAGUGCAACAAGACAUGCCUGUGCAUGAAGGGUUAUUAUUUUUCAUUGAAGUGCCAAACACAAACAUCUCAAAGAACUGCUCUUUUACCCCCGGAGGCAUCAAUGGGUCGGCCAUUGAAAACUUCUCCUGUGUGAUUUACAACAUAUCCCUCAUGAACUGCACCUGGCAAGCAGGCAGGGGUGCUCCAGGAGAUACCCAAUAUUUUCUCUACUGGCAGAACUUGAUAGGCGACAAUGAGAUGGAAUGUGAGCUUUACAUGAAAGAUGAAAAUGGCAGAAACACGGGGUGCAGAUUCAAAAAUGUGAGGAUAGAGUCUGACAAAGCUCGCUUCCUGGUGAACGGCUCUAGCAAAAACUCCCAGAUCCAGUUCUAUGAUGCAUACAUUGAACUGUAUAAAAUCGAAAUACUCACUCCUCCAUUAAACAUCAAUGUCAAUUGUAGUAGAGAUCCAGGAGGCUGCAUAAUUACAUGGCAACAGCCCCAUACAAGUCAUAUGAAAAAAGCAAAGUGUUUUGAGUAUGAACUGAGCAUACAGGAUAAGGAUAAGCCCAAAGAAGAGAAAAAGGAUCAUCGUGUAGGAGUAAGAAACAACACAUAUGAAUUCCAAAAUUAUAAUAAGAAAAAAAAAUACAUUCUGAAAAUCAGAGCACGUGGAAAAAGCUGUCUCUUAAGCUCAAUCUGGGGGGAAUGGAGUGAACCCAUCGAAUUUGGUCAAGGGAAAGAUUACUUUAUUUUCGCGAUUUUAUUUCUGAUAGCACUUGGAACAAUCUCAGUGACGCUGCUCCAAUAUUGUCUUUUCAAAAGGUAUUGCAGUUUCAAAAGCAUACUUGCUCCCAUUCCACAACCAAGAGACAAGCUUAAUGUAUCAACCGAUGAAGAUAUCCAGACAAAAUAUGUAAGUCUACCAAAAAAAAGCUGUAUCGAGGAAGUAGCUAUUGUUGAAGAGAUGACCUAACUUCCAAAAACCAAAACACACUUGGAUUCCCCAGCAUGAAAGAAAAUUGUGGAUCCUCCUGACAACUAAGGAGUACUUCAAAGCACAGACUACAAAUGAGUAUCAUCACCUAUAAAACUUUGUCCCAUAAAAAUGCACCUACAAUGGAGCAGGGGAAAACAAGUGGAGAAAAAAAAAAAAAUCCAGUAAAAUUUAUUCUUUUCCCUUUUUUCAAAAGCACAGUGCCUGGCAGCUGUUCUUCUGCAAACAUCUACUUGCAAAGGCUUGCUCAAACCUUGCCGGGAUUUUCUUCACAAUGCGAAGCAAGGCCUCUCAUCCACAACGCAGAAGAAACUUAUUAUUUCCCAUCUUCACUGCUACCAUGCUUCUUGCCUCUGAAUGUAACCAUUGCCUACAGCAUGACAGGACUGCUCAAGAAUGCCACUGUGGUUCAGUUUUCCCAGCUUGCAAUUUUUAUAUAUCCAGAGUACCUUCUGCAGGGGAAACCAGCUAUUCAAAAUGUGUUUGAAAUUGCCCAUCAACCUUGCAAUCAGCAAUACCAAAUAAUAAUAAAGUGAGCAAAACAGAAAAUGGGAAAUAAAGUGACACUUGCCAGAAGCGACUGUUAAUGCUGGGCUGCCAGCCAGCCAUUUGAUUAGCUCAGUACCUCCACUGCAAACGUGAACCUCUGCAAUAUAAGUAAGGACUUAAUGCAUGGUAUUUAUGUCUUCAAAAAAUCCAGCAAGUUUGAGAAUCUGAGUAAAAUCUGUAUUCAGAUUUAGUAACUGGAUUUUAAAUGUAAAUAUUUCCUUACCAAUGCAUUUAUUCCCUUUAAGGUGUGCAAGCUCUACUUCAAAUGCUUUUUAAAAA